AUGUCCUCAAGGACGUCGCCCUCGACCACAAGAAGAAGCACAAUCACUCUCCAUCCUCAACCACCACCACCGCCCUCGCUCGAAGCCGUUGUUGUCAAGAAACUGACUCGUAAUCCUUCCCGAAGAUCCACUAUAUCUGGCUUUCUACCGCUUUCUCCAAUAAGUGCUUCACCGAUAUGUACUCCAACAACUAGUACAUCAUCCCGCAAUUUCAGCUUUUGUUCAGGUACACUCGAUGGUCAAGGGCGUUCCGAUUCGUUACAAAGCACGGAAAGCUUUGCUACAGCGCCUACUACGCCCUCAGAUUCCUCUUUAUUCGCUGCGCCUCCCCCCACGUGGAUUUCGACACCACCAACACCACCACCAAAGGUCGUUAAGCGUUCGGUUACUUGCAUGCCACGCCCUCUGGUAUCUCCUGUCAUCUCAUCCGCCUCAUUCCCUGCCUCCAGUUCACCGCAUGCGAGGGCACAUACCAGUCUUCUACUUCAGAGACGCGCCUCCACCUCAUCCAUACCUUCCAGAGCUAGGUCUGUCUCCGCAGACUCACCUGCUAUGCACCCAACAUCCUUUGGAAGCAAGCCAGAGUCAGUGACACCGAUCCGCCCUUCAAAGCUCCACGACAUGUCCCACAAAUCAGACCCAGUUCCUAUCGCUGGUCCGAGGCAAUCAAAGUUCACACAAAAUCAGCAGCCGAAUAUCAUCAUGGAUCAUUAUGAUCACGACUUUGAACUGGAUAAGAAGUCGGAUUGUGGGCACAGCGUAGAGAGUACUAGCUCAGGGGAUUCCGGUAGGAAAAGGCUCUUGAGGGAGAAGGCAAAGGCGAAGGACUGUGAUAGGAGAUACCACGCUCUAAUGGAGCUGCUAUCGACCGAAGUCUCUUACUUGCAGGACCUAAGGGUUCUGGUCUCGGUAUAUCUACGUAAUGUCCCAACCUUGACCCGCAACUCGAGUACUGGGACAUUUGGAAGAAAUUCAUCUCUCUCUGCACUCUCCCGGAAUGGCUCUUAUACCCAGCUCACGAUUGGUAUGAGCGGUCCUGGCUCCUUCGGUCUGGAUUUUCACGGUCAUGGCCUACAGCCCAUGUCAUCCAUCCACUCGAUAGCAAAAGACAAAGAGAAAUCCCCUACUCGACAUCUCUUCACGGACACGGAGGUAGAAAUCCUCACACGAAAUGCAGAAGACGUGCUAGAAUUUCAUGAGCGCUUUGUGGAAGAACUGCAGCUGUCAAUGUCCAGUCUUGGGAUACCCAUGGAUUUGGCUGGAAAUGAUAAGAUUUCACAAGGUUCAGGUUCAGCAGGGUGUAGACCUGGAAUUGAUAACAUGGACGCUGGUAUUGCCAUCAUAUCUACCAAGUUUGCAACCGAGUCGUCUCGUUUCAACCUCUAUCAGAAAUUUUGCGCUGGACAUCCAGAGGCCCUAGAUAUUUUACGGCGUGUUCAGCAGCUCUACCCUGUAGAGUGGGAUCUAUUUGAACAGCGUUGCGGCGACGCCGUAACAGAACAACGAUAUGUCCAUGAUCGCCCCAAAUCCGCCCCUCACGAACGCGUUGACGUUAACGCAUUGGCUACCGUUACUCCCAGAAAGCAGAGGCGUGCGUCUAUUACGGCUAUCGACCAAACCGUUUGGACCCUACGAGGACGCACCAGUGCCCCCAAUGUCCAACAUCCGAAAGACACACAGACGGAUGCGACUAAAAGACCACGUCUCUUCUUCAUGGACUACCUCAUCAAACCAGUGCAGCGUAUAUGUAAAUAUCCCCUGUUACUCGAUCAACUCAAGACCGGAAAAUCACAAUUUUCUUUUCCUGCUAUGGGCCGGACCGAUGUCAGUGUUGUUGUGGAGAGUGCUGCGUUGGCUAUGAGACAUGUGGCAGGCGAGGUCGAUGAAGCACGAAGGAGGCAAGAUGUUGCAGCGCGAUCCUCGUUGAUCAUUUCUCGUACUUCUGUUGCUACAAUAUCCACCAUAUCCACCUCGAUCUCGUCCCAGCCUCUUCAGGCCCUUACAUCAAGUUUCCUAUCCUCCCUUGGGACCUGCCUUUUUGCUGGGUCGCUGGAUGUGAUACAUAAUCGUUCUACGAAAAUUUCCACAAAUCUUACCAGCAUCAACGUCAAAUACCUCGGUGCCUUUCUAUAUGCGGGAGGAUACUUGAUAUUAGUCAAAGUACUUAAAGGGAAAGUUUAUGAGCCCAGACACUGGUUCAAAUUAUCCGACUUCCAGAUAUCAGAUCCAGAAGAGAUGGCAGCUUGGUUACCCUGCUCUUUUCGACUCUCCCGCAAAGACCACGAGUUUGAGCUGGCGGCUGCUUGUCAGGCAGAGAAGAUAUCUUGGAUGUCUAUGAUACGAGAAUCUUUUACUUGUCCAAUCCCCGCGUGGAUAAAUGAGCCAUUACCUAGCCUUCAGCUGGAUAGAUAUCAUGGAAUCGCUUAUACUGCCCUUGAGGGACCACCCGAAGCCCUAAACAUUCUUCCGACUAUCCAAUCAAUGUCAGAACUUUCGAAAGACGACGAAAGCGAAAGUGCGCCUCUGAUAACGCAUGUACACGAAGGCUCUCCGACCAAACCCAAGACAAUGCCCAGAAGUGGUGCGAACGACCACCCCCAUCCCAGUCGACAUUCAUCCUCAGCUUCCGCCCGAUCGAUAUUGUCCCCCAAUGUUAUCGAUUCUGACACAAUCAUCAUUCGUCGUUGCCUACCCACUGCGAGGGCGCAAGUCGACCUUGGACUUCAAGAUGUCAUUUCCGACCAGUGUCUCACAGCUCGCUCGUAUGCGGCCGUACGCGAGGGAGGUCUGUUUCAAGCCCCCCACAUCUCCCGUUCAGGCACUUCCCGAUCAAGCAAUUCUGCUCUUAGCAUGAAGCUUAAAAAGCACGAGAGUGUCCGUGUGGACAGGCGUAGUCUUAAUGAUGAUUCCAGCAAGGAUAUCAAGUCUAAGAAAUCACUUUCCAGACCAAGUCGCAGGCGACCUAAAACCCUCAGUUUGACCUCCAUAAGUUCAGAAGGAAUUGAUUCCCUGAAUUCACACUAUCAUUAUCAACCUUCGCCUCCAUUCUCCCGUUAUUCAUUUAGCACGACCAACUCCAAUCCAACCUCACGCGACAAUAGUCCCGUCAACGACUUUCCGUCUUUUCAGACUCCUGCAUCGAGUGCAAGCUUUGAUACUUACAAACGAGCACAUCGCCAUUCUUUAGUUGGGAGUGUUCGUAGUCUCUUUCUCACAAAGUCGCCUGUAGGCGGUGAGACAAGUCCUUCUUCAGCAAAACACUCUUCUUCGAACAUCUUGAGGCGCUGGGUAAAGGGUUCACAUCGGCGUGCAAAUACUGCUCCAGAGAGUUUAAGGAUCGAACAUUCGACCUCAAAAGAAACCUCGCAAAGUUCGCCUGUUUUACCCCAAAUUCACAUGCCUCAGUUACCCUCUGAUUGCAGCCUCGAACGCCUCACUAGAACUGCCCAUUCGUAG